AUGUAUCAAGGACCGUCCCGCUGGAGUGGAUCCCAUUCUAGUACUUUCCAUGUCUGCACCACCGACUUAAGUCCCCACGCGGUUCGGCAGAUGUCAUGCCCGCCGUCCGAUGAGUUUUGUCGAAGACCUUGUCCAUCCGCAACGGUAACCGGCUUGGACAAUGAAAUUGAUAGUGGCAUUUCACCCAGAGGCAGUGAGAGGUUUGUGUUGGUGACUCAGGCACACUUGUUUAAACCGACCUACCCUCAAAGUAAAGAAAAAUUAAUUGGUCCUUCAGCACUUUUCUUUCACCAAAAUGACUACCAUGCACAAAUAAGAAGAUUGGUUCAAUCUUCAUUGUCCUUGGAUGUUAACCGGAACUUGGUCCCAGAUAUUGAAGCCAUUGCCAUUUCUCUCUUGGAUUCAUGGUCUGGAAAAGUUGUUAACACCUUUUAUGAAUUAAAGAAGUUCACAUUUGAUGUUGCUGUCUUGUUUAUCUUUGGUCGCUUGAACAAUCACCACCACAAAGAACUGCUCAAGGAAAACUACUACACACUAGACAAAGGUUACAAUUCUUUCCCCACAAACCUACCUGGCUCUUCAUACAAUAAAUCGGUCUCGGCAAGGAGAAGACUAAGCUUAAUUGUUAGUGAGAUAAUAAAGGAGAGAGAGGAAAAGAGUUUGGUGCAGAGAGAUCUAUUGGGCAGCCUAUUGAACUUCAAGGAUGAGAAGGGACAAACCUUAACGCACAAUCAAAUCGUGGACAACAUCAUCGGGGUAAUGUUUGCCGCUCAGGACACCACAGCCAGGCUCCUAACUUGGAUGAUCAAAUACCUUCACGAUGACUCAAACACUCGAGAAGCUAUCCAGAUUGAGCAGAAGGCCAUUUUUGAGUCAAAUGAUGGAGGAAACCGUACGCUGAGUUGGGCUCAGACUAGAAAUAUGCCCCUUACCAGCAGGGCUAUAAAGGAGAGCUUGAGGAUGGCAAGCAUCAUCUCUUUCACCUUUAGAGAAGCAGUCGAAGAUGUUGAAUAUAAAGGAUACUUAAUCCCAAAGGGAUGGAAGGUACUGCCUUUGUUCCGUAACAUUCAUCACAAUCCUGAUUUUUUCGUUGAUCCGCAUAAAUUCAAUCCAUCAAGAUUUGAGCUUGGAAUAAACCCCAACACAUUCAUGCCAUUUGGCAAUGGACUUCAUACGUGCCCAGGAAAUGAAGUUGCCAAGCUACAAAUGCUUAUUUUUAUCCACCAUCUUGUUAUCAAGUUCAGGUGGGAAGUAGAAGGGUCCGGUGGGGUUCAUUAUGACCCAUUUCCAAUACCUCAGAGAGGACUUCCUGCCAAGUUUUGGAAAGAAACCUGCAGCUGCACCCAAGGAAGGACAUCAAAGCUAGUAAGCAGGGAGGAAAGCAAGCUGAAGUAGCUUUAAAAAGGGCCAAUUUUUUUGGGUCGAAGAAUAUUUUAGCACUUUCAAAAUCUUCACCAAAUUGUCUAUGAAAUAUAAUGGCGUCUAAACUUGUGAAUUUCUACAUCAUAUUCUUCCCUCUAUAAAAUGGCACCCCUUUAUCCGUA